AUGAGGCUCACCGGUACCUUCCUCACGGGCAUCGCCCUCGGCAUCCAAGCCGCCCGCGCGCACAGCUACAUCACCAGCUUCAUCAUCGACGGCGUGACGUACGGCGGCUUCCACCCCCGCGAUCCCGACGCGAACCCAGACGUCCUCGCCGCGUGGAAGACCACGGUCCCCGACGACGGCUGGGUCGGCGUCAACGACUACGAGACGCCCGACAUCGUCUGCCACCUCAACGCCACCAACGCCAACGGCAACCUGGCCAUCGAGGCCGGCAACACCAUCCACUUCCAGUGGAACGGCUGGCCCGAGUCCCACCACGGGCCCGUCAUCACCUACAUGGCCUACUGCGGCGAGGACCCGGCCUCGUGCGCCCGCGCCAACAAGACGGACCUCGAGUUCUUCACCAUCGACGAGGUCGGCCUCAUCAGCCCCAACGGGACGCUGAACCUCUACCCUUCCGCCAUGGGCAUCUGGGCCACCGAUGUCCUCAUCAGCAACAACAACAGCUUCACCGUCGAGAUCCCCCGGCCCUCGCCCCCGGCAACUACGUCCUCCGCCACGAGAUCAUCGCCCUCCACUACGCCCUCGAGCCCGAUCUCGGCCCCCAGCACUACCCCCAGUGCGUCAACCUCUUGGUCACCGGCCAGGGCACCGCGACACCCGAGGAAUCCCCGCCACCGACUUCUAUACCGGGCCCGAGAACGCCCCGGCCUGACCUACGACAUCUACCAGGAUCCUCCCCAUGCCCUACCCUAUCCCCGGUCCCGAAUUGAUCGAGGAAGCCGCCCCCAGCGCCGACCAAACGUCCGCCGUGAUCACGUCGACCGGGACAGCGCAGCUGGCGGAGCCUACCGACGCCAGCCUGCCACGAGAGAGGGUUUCGGAAUCGCCAUCAUUUGCGCUCUGCCGCUGGAGGCUGAUGCUAUCGACGCACUAUUUGACAAAUAUUGGGACGAGGAUGUAUCAUAUGACAAGGCCCCGAAUGAUCCGAACUCCUAUACUACCGGCUCCAUUGGCCGACACAACGUCGUCCUCGCACACUUGCCAAGCAUAGGCACGGUAGCCUCCUCCAGUGCAGCGGCCAGCUUUCGGAUGAGCUUCCCCAAUAUCCGACUUGCUCUCGUAGUUGGCAUCUGCGGCGCCGCCCCAUUUCUGCCUGGUGAUAUCGAAAUCAUCCUAGGAGACGUUAUCAUAAGCAGCGGUCAUCGCGACAAUGAUAAGUCGUGUCACGACUGCGGCUGUAACGGCCCCUUGAUGAAGCGAAAACGCCUUGAAGUAGCGGAUGGACUACCGAAUGUGCACAUUGGACUAAUAGCCUCAGGAAACACGGUGAUGAAGGAUGCAAAGAAGCGCGACGAGAUAGCGCGCCAACAUGGUGCUAUUGGCUUCGAGAUGGAAGGAGCAGGCGUAUGGGAUAUGUUUCCGUCCGUGAUUAUCAAGGGUGUUUGCGACUAUGCAGACAGUCAUAAAUCUAAGGAAUGGCAAAAGUACGCCGCCGCAUCAGCAGCCGCCUGCGCCAAGUCGGUUCUUCGUCACUGGGUGCCUUCUCAGCUUGGUAUUAUCCCCUAUACAAGGAUCGAAAAUUUUAUCGGCCGAGACGAUAUUAUGAAGAAAUUACGAAGUUCCAGGAGGGCUGGCGUCCAGUUCAGGAUUUCGCUCUUUGGCCUUGGCGGUUCUGGAACCAUCGCCGUCACAUGUCAGAUGCCGGGCUACGAUGAUCCUGACAGAGACACGAUGCAGAUGGUUAAGGAAUGGCUUGAGAGCAAAGACCGGCAAGAGUGGUUGAUGAUUAUUGACAACGCUGACGAUAUGGAAGUGUUCUUCCCCGCUGCAUGUGGGUCAAACUACCAGGAGAAUAACACACAACAUAAGCGAUUGGCAGACUAUAUCCCCGAGUGCGCUCAUGGAUCUAUCGUCAUCACAACUCGAAAUAUGAAGGUCGGCCAUAGUUUGGCAAAGUCAAAUCUACCGAUCUAUGUUGGCAGUAUGAGCGACAAAGAGUCACAGGAACUUAUUCGAAAGAAUACUGGCGGAGACAUAGGCACAUCUGACGAGUUGAAGUCGCUCGCUACCCGCCUCGAGAACCUACCACUGGCCCUGGCACAGGCUGCCGCCUUUAUAGUACAGAACUCAACAACUGUUGCCCAAUACCUCGAUCUUUUAGAAGGCAGCAACGAAAAUCUCAUACAACUGCUCAGCGAGGAGUUUGAGACGACUGGGAAAGAAACCAAAAUACCCCGUGCAGUAGUGCACACGUGGAUCAUCUCAUUUGAAAUGAUCCGUCGCCAGGACCCUUAG